GUUAGAAGUUAGUUCUUCAGAUUCUCUUUAGACUUAGCAAAGAUGACGAUCGAUUUGUAUUACCACCCUGCAAGCGGUCCCACCAGGGCCGUUCUAAUGACAGCCAAAUGUUUGGGUGUUGACUUAAAUCUGAAAUAUGUUGAUUUAUUAGCUGGAGAGCAAUUGAAACCUGACUAUGUUAAAAUGAAUCCACAACAUGGUGUUCCCACUAUUGAUGAUAAUGGAUUCUAUCUUUGGGAAAGUCGUGCUAUUUGCACAUACCUUGUGAACAAAUAUUCUCCGGACAGUCCUCUGUAUCCCAAGGAUCCAAAAGAAAGAGCCCUUGUCGACAGGCUGCUUUACUUCGAUAUUGGCACUCUCUAUAAGGCUGAGGGUGAAUACCUGUAUCCCACAUUAUUCAUGGGAAAAGCAGAAGAUCCCGAAAAGAAGGAAGCUUUUGAGAAAACCUUGGCGUUCUUAGAAGAGUUCCUUUCCAAGACACCAUACGUUGCGGGUGAUCAUCUGACUGUUGCUGACCUCUCCAUCCUUGCAAGUCUAACUUUUGCGGAAUUAAAGGACUUCAGUUAUGCUGCUUACCCUAAAAUCACUGCCUGGCUAAACAAAAUGAAAUCAGAAGUUCCAGACUUUAAAGAAAUCAACGAAAUUCCUAUUAAUGAAUUCAAGGAAGUUUUAAGAUCUAAAAAAUGAAGAAAUGUUACGCUACGUCAUUUUAAAAUGUAUUUGUUUCUUCUGGAAGCAUAAGUUUUUUUCUCACAGAAAUACGAUUCAUUUGUUUUAAUACGAAUUUCAAUAAAUCACUGUUCCGUUAA